GGUGUCCUUUGGACUCUGCGCCAUUUUGUUCUGGAGCGUCCUGGAAGGGAGGUCUCCCCGCCGUGCCAGUUGAGAGAGCACCUUGCCAGCCAAUCGUAUCUGGAGACUUUGUGGACUCGAACUAGGCGCCAUUUUGGGAGAAGCCUGAGAUGGGAGAUCGCUCUGCAGUGCCAGUUUAGAUAUAAAGGCUCUACCAUCCCCUCAGAUCCAGGGAUAUUGUGGACUCAGCACCAUUUUGAGAGAGUCCUGGAAAGGAGGUUGCCCUGCCUUGCCAUUUCAGGUCCCUGGUAUCAAGGAGCUGAAAUCUUAGUAAAGCAGAGUUUGACUAGAUUCAUCAGAGGGAAGAUCUCAGGAGUGUCAGGACUGAAGGCCUGUGUGUCCUCCCUGCUGUGAUUGGAACACUAUCCUGCCUACUAUUACCUAGGACAGUCACAAUGGCUGAUUCCCAUAACACCCAAUACUGCAACCUCGAAGAGAGUGCUCAGGCCCAACAGGAAUUAGACAAUGACCAGGAGACCAUGGAGACAUCAGAGGAGGAGGAAGAUACCACCACCUCAAAUAAAGUGUAUGGCAGUGCAAUACCAAGUCCUCCCCAGAGUCCUCAGAGAGCCUACUCUCCCUGUGUGGCACUGGCCUCCAUCCCUGAUAGCCCAUCUGAGGAAGCUUCCAUCAAAGGAUCAGAGGGCCUGGAAGACCCACUUCAUUUGUUGCACAAUGCACAGAACACAAAGGUGUAUGACUUGGUGGACUUUCUGGUUUUAAACUAUCAAAUGAAGGCAUUCACUACCAAAGCAGAAAUGUUGGAAAAUAUUGGUAGAGAGUAUGAGGAGUACUACCCUCUGAUCUUUAGUGAGGCCUCUGAGUGCUUGAAGAUGGUCUUUGGCCUUGACAUGGUAGAAGUGGACUCCUCUGUCCACACCUAUAUGCUUGUCACUGCCCUGGGGAUCACCUAUGAUGGCAUGAUGACUGAUGUCCAGGGUAUGCCCAAGACAGGUAUCCUCAUAGCUGUACUGAGUGUCAUUUUCAUGAAGGGAAACUAUGUCAGUGAGGAGAUUAUCUGGGAAAUGCUGAAUAACAUAGGGUUGUGUGGUGGGAGGGAUCCUUACAUACAUAAAGACCCCAGGAAGCUCAUCUCUGAGGAGUUUGUGCAGGAAGGGUACCUGGAAUACAGGCAGGUGCCCAAUAGUGAUCCCCCUAGCUAUGGGUUCCUGUGGGGCCCAAGGGCUUUUGCAGAAACCAGCAAAAUGAAAGUCUUACAGUUCUUUGCCAGCAUUAAUAAGACUCAUCCCAGAGCCUACCCUGAAAAGUAUGCAGAGGCUUUACAAGAUGAGAUAGACAGGACCAAGACCUGGAUCUUGAACAGAUGCUCCAACUCCUCUGACCUACACACAUUCUAGUGUACUGGCAUUUCCCUUCUAACUCCAGGUCAGACAGAGUCACUGAUUCCAUUGCUGUACCCUCAUUGGACAGCUGGGUGGAGGAGAGCAUAACACAUUCAAUUUUCACUCUGUUUGGGUGAUUUGAGGAGUCUUUGUAGCACAAAAUGUUAAUAAUCGUAGUAUAAGGUCUAAUAAUUUUAGUUUUAAGUGCAUGCAGUGUUAUUUUUUUCCAGCUUUGCUGAAUGUCAUCAUUUUGAAAAGCAGUGGGAAUGACUUGUGUAUUAAUUUGUAAAAUGUCUCAAGAUACUAGUGACAUUGAAAGUAUAAUUUUUGGGCAGUUGAAAAAACAUCAAUGUUUAAAAAAAACAAGAAUUAAAGAUU